CAACGUGCUUCGGAGACAGACAGACGAAGAGUCAAUCAAUUGGCUACAUUCCGCCUCUGCAAUUUCAUCCUCAACUUCUGCAACUUCCCCGGGACGCCAAGAGAUCGCCGUCAUCCAAGAUGGGAGAACAAAUUCAGAUUAUCACGGCCCCGCUGGUCAACGUCCGCAUCACCAGCAACAUCAACUCGUUCAUGGCUGAGAAGCGGUUUGACCGAGGUCUUACUAUUGCCGACUUGAAGGGUCGCUUGGAACUCAUCACAGGGGCGUCUGCUGCAUCCAUGUCCCUGGAGGUCUUGGACGAGAAUGACAAACAUGCAUGCGCCCUCAGUGACGACAAUGCAUUACUAGGGUCUUACAAUGUCGAGGAGAACUACAGAAUCCAUGUAACUGAUUCGAGUAAGAGGGAAGGUGAAUUCGAAGACCUGUCAAAAGUGGAGAAGUUUCAGUUAUCAGAGGAAGAAUACACCAAGCGAAAUGAUAGUGUGAGGUCUUACUUGAUGAAGAACAAGCUUGGGAAGUACGACGCAGAGGAACAGAAGAGAUUGGAGGAGGAGAGAAUAGCAGCAGAGAAGGCCGAAGAGGAGAAGGCCAGCGCCAUCACAGUCGACAGCAGAUGUGAGGUCAAGAUUCAAGGAGAGGCAACACGCAGGGGUGUUGUCAUGUAUAACGGUAAAGUGCACUUCAAACCAGGCAUCUGGAUUGGCAUCAAAUAUGACGAACCAAUGGGGAAAAAUGAUGGAAGCGUUGGUGGAAAGCGUUACUUCGAGGCUCCAAUGAAGUACGGCGGCUUUGUCCGGCCUUGCAACGUGGAAGUGGGCGACUUCCCCGAGUUUGGCGACGAAGAGGACGAGAUGUAAAGAGGAGCCCUUGGGCGACAGGAAUCUUUCAGAUGUCCAAAACUGAAAAGUGAAGCAUGAGGGAUUUUGGCUUGCUUUAAAACCAUAGCUGACAAGAGUCAGAUAGAAUUACUUAGAAAAGUUUUGAGGCCCUUUUAUUUUGCC